GACCAAACGGGCUCAUUAAACAGCUUCAGAAACCACAAAACGCAGUCGUUUACCUACCUCUCUAUAACAAGUAAGAACAUCUCCGAUCUCCGGAUCCACCAUCGCCAGAUCACAAAUGGCAAGAGACGUAGAAAAAAUGGUGGCAGUAGGCCUAAUUUGGGGCUCCACCAACGCCUUAAUCCGCCGCGGUGCAAUCCUCUGGGACAAAAAAUCCGGCAAUUCUCCCUCCUCGUCGCAUACUUCACAAAAGCUACACCACAAACUCAUAUCUUCGCUCACUGACUUACUCAAUCUCCUAUUAUUUUGGCAAUAUUCCGUUCCUUUCUUGGUUAAUCUCUCCGCCUCCGCUACUUUUUUUGCUCUCUUAAACGACGCACCUAUUUCUUUAGCUGUUCCCGUCACUAAUGCUACUACUUUCGCCGCUACGGCUGUGUUUGGAAUGCUUUUAGGAGAAAACACACACGGUGGACUCGCUUUGUUAGGUACGGGCUUUAUUGUAAUUGGUAUUUGGCUUUGUAUUACGUGAUUUGUAGCUUCAUUUUGAGAAGAAAUUACCUGCAUUUGCUAAAUUUGCAAUCUUAUUUUUUGUAAAAUUUGUAUAGUUUUUUUAUUGUUCAAUUUUUUUGCUCUUUUUGAUUGAUAUUUGAUAUGUUAUUGCUGCCUCAA